AUGGCUCGUCUGCUGCAUUCCUUGCAGCGAGUCUUAGGGCUGUCAGCAUCUCCAACAACGCGUACUUCUGCUGGUAGUCUACGGGCUCGAUCCAUUGACACCGACUUCUCCGUCUUUCGAGAGGGCGAUCGGGCCGUGCUACACCAGAAGCAACCACAAUUGACGAAGCCAUUGAAGAAGGGUGAUAAGACACAUUUGCGCCGAGGACAUGUCGCGCAUGAUAACAUCAUUGGCAGUCGACCCUGGGACGCGGUGCAGGCACAUAAAGGCCCAGAUGUACGAUUGAGCCUUCCUACUCUCGAAGAAUACGUCGCAUUGACCCCUCGUCUCGUCACCCCGAUUUACUCGCAUGACGGAAAUUUGAUAGUAUCCCUCCUCGACAUUCAUGUCAACUCCCCCGCCGCGAGCGAGACACAACCUCCGUUGGAAAUCCUAGAAUCUGGCACCGGUCACGGCUCCUUGACCCUCCACCUCGCUCGCGCCAUUCAUGCCGCUAACACCACUCCACCACCUCGCCCGUCGCGAUCCCAAAUUCAAUACGUGGAGAAUCGAGCUUUGAAGCCAGGGGAGGAGGAUACAAAGAACACAGGUGGAGAACCGACUGCGCAGAACGACGACACGACCCAGCUUGAAUGGGAUACAUGGCGAAAGGAGCGCAAUGCUGUGAUCCACACCGUGGAUGUCUCACAUAAGUUCUCUGCCCUGGCUGAGCGAAACGUCAAGGGAUUUCGCCGGGGAAUAUACGCGGGCGAUGUUGAUUUCUACGUCGGCCCCGUCGAGAAAUGGAUCGCGGAGCAGACGAAGCGACGAACGAAGACUGGGAUAUUGUCUUCAUUGACCGGGCCCACCGCAGUGGAACCGUUCUUGUCUCAUGCCAUUCUGGAUAUGCCCUCGGCACACUUGCGAAUUCCACAUGUUGCGCCGAUUUUGAGACGGGAUGGUUAUCUAGUGGUCUUUAUGCCGAGUAUCACCCAGAUUGGCGAGUGUGUACAGAUCAUCCGUAAUCAACGGUUGCCCUUUGUGCAGGAAAGAGUGGUUGAGCUGGGACUUGGAAUGACCAGCGGUCGUUAUUGGGAUGUUCGACUUGCAUUUAAGAAGUCUGGAGCUGAUCCUUCGUCUUGGGCUCCAUCUACCGAGGCUGAUGGCGAAGAGGUGGUCCCUGCUGCUGAUGCGGAGGAGACAGCGCCCAGUGCGGACGAGAUUCCCGUCCCCGAGGAGCCUGUCAAAGAUGAGGAGCCCGUCAUGAUCUGUCGGCCGAAGGUGGGCAUCCGGACCGUGGGAGGUGGCUUUGUUGGCAUCUGGCGGCGCAUUGAAGAUCCCUCUAAACGGUGA